CGUGAGCGUUGGGAGCUCUGCUUGCAGGAGCUAAUAAUAAAUUAGGUACGGUUCAAGCUACAACACCUACAGUCCACGUCUAAUCCCAUCAUUGUACGACAAUCGAUGCUCGACUAUUUCCAAGUCAAAAAUCAAGCAGCAAGACAAACCAUAUCACACGGCUGGAUAAGUCCAUAGAAUUAUUUCCGCAGAGAUGUCGACCCAAUAUGAGGUCGAGCAUAACAUUUCUCCCAGCACCCGCCAACGGGAGAAUACCCGCCGUGUAGACAUGUCGACCUUCGAUUCUUUCCUCCGCCAGAUUCUUACCACCGACCCAUCCUCUUCAUCCUCGACCUCCCAACACCAUCACAAUCCACAUGCGACACCGACGCCGGUAGCCGCCGCCUCCCUGUUCACCCUCCUCCAGGAGCAAUUCCAAACCCUCCACGCCACCGCUCCUUCCCCCGCAAACGCCUCCUUUCUCGAGUCCCUUGUCUCCGCCCUAGAAGCCGACAUCGAACGGCCUCCGACCGAGAUCCCGGGCGUCAACCAGGAAUACCUCGACUCCCUCGACCGUGUAGACCGCAAGCGCCUCGGCGCCGAUGAACAGUGUCCUAUCUGUGCCGAGCGGUUCCUCGACGAUAAGUACUGUCUGGUCGUGGAACUCCCUUGUCACCACAGCCACAGGUUCGACUUGGAAUGCGUCAGCCCUUGGCUUCUUGGGAAGGGGAGCUGUCCGAUGUGCCGGAAGGAUCUGACCAAGAAGAAGGAGCCACCGGUAUUGCAGCAUGAUGACGAUGAGGAAGAUGAUGACCCAGAUGGGCUUUAUGCGUAGUCGGUUGGGAAAGGGGGCCGAAGUAGUCCAAAAGGGUUGCGCUGUGGUAGCGAUAAUCAUGCCCCCCGUUAUCGGCGGGCAUCACGUUUGAUAGACACGACGUGCGGAGGACAUGUGGACUUUAUGUGUGCAUUUAUUCCGUGGUAGUGUUUUUCUCUUAUGAUUAACGUCAAGAAGGGGACUUGAAAUGCCAUCAUGAACAUGUCUACUUCAGGGCCGAACGCCUG